AUGACUGCAACAACGGGAUGUACACAUGAAAAAGCCAAACAGUUAUUAAUUUCAACAGACUAUAGACUUGAGGCAGCAAUAAAUUUAUUCUUCGAUGAACGGACGAUGCCGAUUCCCUGUUGCAAAUUUUCUGAAUUGAUGACACCAGCAAAUACUCCAGCAACACCACCAAACUUUCCUGAAACUCUUCUUUCAUUUAACAAAUUAUCAACAUCGACACCAACAGGAACAACACCACCACCACCAUCAUCAUCAUCAACAACAACAAAUAUUCUAUCAAAUGAUAAUCGUAUUUCUUCAAGCACAACCACUACAACAACAAAUCAUUCACUAUCAUCAUCACCAAUGAAUAUGACAAUGAUGAUGAUGAUGGAUGGAACUGCUUAA